CAUUAUUACUAUUUUUUUUCUAUGCCUAAGUAAACUGCUACUAUGUUUAACUCUGAGUAUAUGUUUACAAUUACAGGGUUUUACUACAAAGCAUGAUAGCAGUGGUGAUAGGAGUGGCUCUGUUUAUGACAGUAUCACAAGCGGAUGAAAAAUGCAAAGGAGGAAACAUCAAUCAACAUCUCUGUCAAAAGACAUGUAACUUGACCAGUUGCUCGUGUGAUAUGACUGAUAUUUCCCCCUUCACCAGCUGCGCACAAAAGUGCCAUUUCUUCUCUUCUUGUCCUAAAAUGAUUUGUUCUGGAAGACAUGGUUGUUCGCAGAGGUGCUUUUUCGGUCACUGUAACAUGGAAUGUUCAUCUAGUCAGUUCUGCUCACAGUCAUGUGUAUGGAGAGCCAAUUGUGUUCAGAUCACGUGCUCAUCGGCUAUUUGUCACCAGGUCUGCGCAAACUGUACUAUGGAGUGUACCAGUGGAGUGGAGAGGUGCGAUCAGAUGUGUCUUGGGGGUAGAUGUGAGAUGAAGUGUCAAGCAAAGCAUUGUAAAAGACAAUGUUUCAAAGGAAGAUGUAAUUACAUCGGGCGUUCACAGAGUAAAGCAUCAGUUCUGCAAAGUGAGACGUUAGCUGUUCUGAUCGCUUGUGUAAGGCUCUUAUGCUCAUAGAGAACAUGAUGUAGUGAUAAAGAUCAAAGAGACAGUCAAUCAAUCAAUAAAUCAAUCAAUUUAUUAGUGUCAAAACGUGGGCUGAGGGUGCCCUCCAGAUCCGAGCCAGAGGCUCAACCUCGAUCCCAGACUCUCUGUCUGUCUCUCCUUUGUGUGCACAUUCAUUUUUUUCUUUUUCGUUCUCUGUAUGUGUGUCUGUG